CUUGAUGCCACACUCACUGGCCUUAUUAAUCAUCUACUAAGUUUUCUGGACAGCGGAAUCGUUGCUGAAUAUGCCACACACGCAAGCGCCCUGUUCACGAUGCUACGGGGCUACGUGGAAAUGUGUCCGCAUGCCAGUCUACAUCUUAUCAAUUUAAAAACAACAAAACGCCUGUUAAACUAUCUAAUGGAACCUCAGGUCCGUGACGGAUCGUACGCUUCCACAUGCACUCCAGCGGGUGCUUUUCUGGCCUGUGCGCCUACUUGGAAUGACCACUUGCGCGUAUGGACUCCAGCGCAACAGCGUGAAAUGGGUAACCUUUAUUAUCUACUGGCCCUCCUAGUACUACAGACCUCAUUGGACGAAUACUGCACUAUACGACCAACAGGUAGCAGCCCUGCUCACCCUGUUUUGUUGUCUGUGCCGAACACUACAAGCAUCGCAUCGUCCAAACAAGGUUCCUGGGGCCGUCUCAUGCUGCGGCCACACAAAGAGACUGUAACCUGGCUUGGGAUCGUUCCUUCAGGCAACUUCGCUGCUACCAAUGCAUCGUUCACCGGAAAAACAUCGUCCCCGAGCGGCACGAAAUCACUUGGACCCACGCCACAAUCACACCCUUUCCGUCAAGUAUCCAGUGAACUUCGAUCCGAUUCCGGACCGACCGAUGACACUUAUUUAGUCGGUCUUUUCAAUUUGUGCGAAGUUCUCCUACGUGCCUACCUAGAGAAUGCAGCCACGCCGAACUUGGCAUCGUUAUCUGGUAUUAUUGAUGUUGGACGCAAUUUAAGCUCUGUUUCAGUUGCCGCCGCAGCCAGCACAGCAACUAAUACAUCCUCAGGGUCUGCAGGAAACCGCGUUGCUGUCGCCUCUACGAACACAGCCGGAGGUCAAAAAGAAUCCGUUUUAGGCAUCGGAUCACGAUCGUUCCAGAUCGGAUUAGAUGGUCUACGGUAUUGGUAA